UAAUCGAUUGUACGCCUGUUUGCCCGCGUAAUAAAAACAAGCAAUUGACACAUUUUGAAACUAAUUAUGCCUUCUCGGGGCGAGGAUAUAUUAAAAGGUUUUCAAGUAAAUUGGAUGAAUUUGCGAGACGCUGAUAGUGGUAAAAUAUUAUGGCAAGGUAACGAAGACUUAUCCAUACCAGAUAUAGAACACGAAGCAAGAGUGCCCAAGAAGAUCUUAAAAUGCAGGGCAGUUUCACGCGAGAUAAAUUUCAGUUCGGCCGAACCCAUGGAAAGAUUUAGGUUAGAACAGAAAGUGUUGUUCAAAGGACGCUGCUUAGAGGAAUGGUUCUUUGAGUUUGGAUUCGUUAUACCAAACAGUACGAAUACAUGGCAAAGUUUAAUUCAAGCGGCCCCGGAAAGUCAAAUGAUGCCUGCCAAUGUGUUAAAUGGUAACGUGGUGAUAGAGACGAAAUUUUACGACGAUGAUUUACUGGUCUCAACAAGCAAAGUACGCCUUUUUUACAUCUAAACAUCUCCGUUCUAUCUCACUGAUGAUACAAUGUGGGUCCAACUAGCGUGUUUUCAUACGCCCGAUCAGGAUGGAACGCGAAGAGUACGAAAAUUCUAAACAGAGUUCAUAUUGAACAAUUUCAUUUUAUGCACCUACUGUGAUAUGCACGUGCUAAAUGUAUUUUCUCACGAGGUUCUGACGAGAGUAAACGGCACUCGUUCGUUUCUUCAACGAACAAAGACUUACUACAUAUAACACUCGAGCUACCGAAUGUGCACUAAGGCACA